AUGCCGUCGGCGGUGCACGAGAUUAACACGGCUUUCAACCAGCGCCUCAAACCUGUGGCCGGUCUCGGUGCUGCUAGACCCGUGAACCCGUUCGCCUCCACGGGGGUGCAGACUUCGCGAACGAAGCGCGACGAGAUGAAGGUCAGGUCGUCCGUCACGCUGCCCGGAACUCUGGGUUCUCAAUACAAGGGGAGAGUAUUCGACACCAAAAACGACGACUCUGUGCGUUUGGAUACAUACACGAUUGCCGAGAAUCCGAAAAGGAACAUCACAAUGCACUCGACAUCGCGACUAGAAGUCGAACACACGAGAGAACGAUAG